AUGCUUAUAAUUGUUGGGAUUUUGCUGAUUUUUUGUCUGGUAGUCCGCCAGAAUUGGAAGAAUGCGACGGCUACAAGGGAGGAGAUUUUGAGGCCGGGGACUACGGCCUCUGAAGAGGAGGCUGGAAUUGCUGAGAUUAUAGCUGUUGAAGAGUACAAUUCAUCGCCUUUGCCACCUCCCUUGCCGCUUGAAAAGAGGUAUCAUUGUGCUGUUUGUCUCUGUCCCACCACCACGAGGUGCUCUCGGUGCAAGGCUGUACGAUACUGUUCCAGUAAUUGUCAGAUAAUUCACUGGAGACAAGGCCACAAGGAUGAAUGCAGGCCGGCAACCAAGUUGGAUGCUAGUGAGGGAAGUGAAUGCAGUAUGCUAACAGCUUCACAUAAUCAGUUUAAGAUGCAAGUGAGUAAAUUUAAUGGUUCAUCAGAUUCCUCACAAUCGCUAAAUGAUUCUGGAUCUUUAAGUACCUCGUUGCCUCGCUUCUCUUCUUCUGCCACUCAUAGUGAAACAUCAUCUGAUGCUUCUAUCAGUGAGGUUCUUGGAUCAGAAACUCCUAUAAGAUCAGAUAAGGUACCUUCUGAAUAUACUAAUACCGAUAUGUGUAGAACUACCUGUGAUUCUGCUAAUAUGAAGUUAGCAAGACCAUCUCCAUUGGAUUCUGUUGAUUGUUCUGUAAAUAAAAUGCCAAGUCCCAACAAGAUAAACAAGAUGCAAUCUAGUAAUAGUAGUGGUGGCCCAUCUACACGCUUCAUAGAUGAAAAAACUUGUGAUGGAGUUGAUGUGUUGGAAGAGUUUGUCCCAAGUGCAACUAAGCUGAAGAGUUCACGUUCAUCUAGUUCUUCAAGGAAACCAUUAUCUUCAGCCGAUUACAGGGAAAAUGCUGCACAGGUAUCCAGGAGUAAGGAAAGGAGAUCCAUGCCUUUUAGGGGUUCAGAUGACCAUCAAAUAUCAACUGCAGAACAACAUUCACUUCCAUUUUCUCUUUCUACGAAAACUGGGAGUUAUCAUGCUUUGCCUUCUGAAGUUGAAAACAUUCCAAUACAUGCUAGCAAGGGUUUGAAGACAUCAGUACGGAAAUUUGUACAUCAGUUUAGAGGACUGAAUCAAUCAAACUCCUGUGCGCCGGAUAUUAGGAAGGACUCUAUUGGAAAAUAUUAUCACGAGGCCGUAUUUUCUCCCAAGCUGUUCAUGCAAUUAUACUCUUGCAGCGAUGUGCAACUUCAUCCUUUUGGCCUUGUGAACUGUGGAAACAGCUGUUAUGCAAAUGCAGUGCUGCAGUGCCUGGCUUUUACUCGGCCGAUUAGUUCUUACCUUCUUCAUGGGGUUCACUCUAAAACAUGUAAGAAGCAGGAUUGGUGUUUUAUCUGCGAGUUCGAAUAUCUUCUUCUGAAGGGACAAAAAAUGGAAUCUCCUUUGUCUCCGAUUGGGGUACUGUCUCAAAUACAAAAGAUUGGAAGUAAUCUAAGUCAUGGAAGAGAAGAAGAUGCUCAUGAAUUUUUAAGGUGUGUGGUAGAAACAAUGCACUCCAUUUGCCUUGAAGAAGCUGGGAUUGCAGACCAGUUAGAUGAAGAAUCAACCCUUGUAGGUCUAACUUUUGGUGGUUAUCUACGUUCAAAGAUAAAGUGCAUGAAGUGUUCAGGAAGAUCAGAGCGGUGCGACCGGAUGAUGGAUCUUACUGUGGAGAUAGGUGGGAACAUCGAUACUCUUGAAGAGGCUCUUGUGCAAUUCACGACAUCUGAAACUCUUACUGGAGAUAACAAAUACAAGUGCAGCAGAUGUAAAUCAUAUCAGAAGGCUAAGAAGAAGUUGACAGUGCUUGAGGCUCCUAACAUCCUUACAAUUGUCUUGAAGCGAUUUCGGUCUGGCAACUUAGGGAAGCUGGAUAAGCUAGUUCAGUUUCCUGAGGUUCUGAACCUUGCUCCGUUUUUGAGUGGAACCAACGAUAAAUGUCCCAUAUAUAGUCUUUAUGGACUGGUUGUUCACUUGGAUAUUAUGAAUGCUACUUACAGUGGUCACUAUAUUAGUUAUGUCAAGGAUUUCCGGGGAGAUUGGUUUAGAGUUGAUGACAGCAGGGUGAUACCUGUAGAUUUGGAGACUGUUUUAUCCGAACAGGCGUAUAUUCUCCUUUAUGCACGGCACAAUCCAAGAGGUCCGUCUUUGGCAAGGGAUAGCAGUAGUAAGCGGAACUUGGAAACCAAUUAUUUGAGUAACAUUGGAAAGAGAAGAAAUUCAAAGAUAAAACUCCCUAUGGAGCAGAGCACUGAUACUACAAUGCAUUAUCAGCGGUCUCGAGGAUACCCUAUUUGGACAACUCCCAGCGAUCACAUAUUAGAUACCGAGGGUUUGAGGCAAAGAAAUCCUUUUGUGGACUCUUCAAGUGAUAGUUCUUCAAUUUUGAGCGUAUCAGAUGCUGGUUCAUAUAGUACAGAUAGCACCAAGGACUCGAGUGCUGAGGACUCAUCUGGCUAUAUGUUUAGGCCUAGAUGGUAUGGUUCAUAA